UAAGUUGCUCUUGUGCAACAUCUGCAGAGCUGAGAGACCAAAAUCUGCUUGGAAUCUUCUGCUGCUCACACAGGAAUAACAUACUCACCAUGGAGGUGCGCAAGCAUACUCUUCUCUAUCUGCUGCUAUGCAUGUGUUCUGCUGUUCAGGGAGAGAACAGAAAGAGAUUCCUAAUCACUGCUCCGAGUGUUUUUCAUGUUGGUGUGAAAGAACCCGUAUGGAUUCAGGUGGGGGAGGCACUGUUUGGCAAACCCAUAUCCUGUAAGUUAGAAACAGAGAUGCGUGUUCCCAUGUCCGCACAGGAGACCAAAACAAUCACCAAAAAGGGGCAGUUUGAAGCAAUGAAUCUUGAGAUAUUUAAAAAUAAAGUUUCAGACCUGAAAUCGAUCAAUGGAGAACCUCCCUAUCUCAACCUGGCAUGUGAAGUUGAUGGUCAGAAACAGCAGACCCGUGUCCUGGUCUCCAAACACAGUGGCUACAUCUUUAUUCAGACGAAUCAACCUAUGUACAACCCCAAAAAAAGAGUUUUUUUCAGGAUCUUCACUCUGGACCACUCCAUGCGACCAAAAUCAGAGAUAAUUUAUGUCUAUAUAUAUAAUGCUGAUGGGAACAAGAUCAUGAAAUCGUCACGCAUGGCUUUAGAUGGCUUUCUGUCAUUGGACUUCUACAUCCCUGAUAUUUCAAAACCUGGUGUGUGGAAGAUUACAGCACACUACAAAGGUGAUGAGAAAAAUGCUGCAGUGCGUGAAUUCAAGGUCCAGAAGUUUGUUCUUCCCAGCUUUGGGGUUUCUAUUCAUUCAGAGACAGCUUUUCUUUUGAUGAAUGAUGAGACAUUUACAUUCACCAUUAAAGCCUCAUACACAUAUGGCAAGACCAUUGAUGGUGGUUUCCACUGUCGGUUUGGCAUGAAAAAGGACGAGUCAGAGAAUAAUGCUGGAGAAAUCAAAUUCAUCAAGGGACUGGAGAAAACUGGAUCUGUGAAAGAAGGCCAUGCCGAGAUUACAGUUAACAUUUCAGACCUCAGUCAAAAACUGAACUCCACAUUAGAAGAAUUGGUAGCGACUCGGGCCCAAUUCUAUAUUGCUGUCACAGUCACGGAUAUUUUAAGUGGUGAAGUACAGGAAUCAGAAGCUUUCCUUCCCAUUGUUUUGAGCCGGUACAAUGUGGAUUUGUCUCAGACAAGAUCGUUCUACACACCUAAAUUCCCCUUUCAAGCGGUGGUCACAGUUCGUCACCCAAAUGGUUCCCCAGCUGAAGGUGUUCAAGUCAACAUAAAUGUCUCAAGCACCACAAAAAAGCCAGUAGUUAUUAAAACUAAUAAAGAGGGAGUUGCAUUUCACAUUUUCAACUUGGAAGGAACGCCACCUUCUGUUUCAGUGCAGGCAACAGUGGAUGGUUUCAUGUCAACAAAAGAAGUGCACCCAAUGAAAUCCUCAACAAACAACUUCCUGUAUAUUAGUAUGACUAAUAAAGUCCUGUCACCAGAAGAGUCUCUGGAUGUUACAUUUCAUGUCAGUGGUAAUCCAGAAGAUGGACAAAUAUAUUAUAUGAUUCUCAGCAGAGGCAUGCUGAGAUCAGCAAGCUCUAUUGCAUCAGGUUCUACAGUAAAAAUACUCAUCCGUAUCCGUCCAGAGAUGACCCCGUCCUUCAGAGUGAUCGCCUAUUACUAUGACACAAAUGGUGCCAUCAUUGCAGACUCAGUAUGGGUAGAUGUAGAGGACAAGUGUGAGGGAAAGCUUGAGAUAAAACUGCAUGGCAAUCAAGAAUAUCAACCAGAUGAUACCGCUGAGCUUGACAUUGACGUAGGAGAGCAGAAGAAUGCAAAAGUGGCCUUACUAGUUGUGGACAAAGCCAUUUACGCCCUGGGUGCUCAAAACAAACUCACUCCAAAACAGGUGUUCGCCUCCAUGCAGUCUUAUGAUCUGGGGUGUUCGUAUGGUGGUGGAGAGAACACAGCUGCUGUUUUUAAUGAUGCUGGCCUGACCUUCAUCUCCCACUCAACCUCAUUCCGUUCAAUGAUGAGAAAAGGUUUCAGCUGCGAGUCUGGUUUUAGACGCAACAAACGUUCUAUUCAAGAAGAAAUGGCUAUAAAAGAGGCUGCAUUUAAGAAAACAGAACUGCAGAAAUGCUGUCGUCAUGGCUUCACCCUGAUUCCUAUGAAGUUUAGUUGCGAGGAACGAGCAAAACGAGUAAGCAAAACAGAAAGCAAAGACUGUGUGGAAGCCUUCCAAGAGUGCUGUGAGUUUGCAGCCAAGCUAAGAGACAAAAAGAGGAAAGAGGACCGGAGAACAGGGCAUGGCAGAACUGUUCAUUCGAAUGAAGUCGAGGAACUCUUUGAAUUUGAUAUACAAGCAAUUCGCCAAUAUUUCCCUCCCAGCUUUGAGUUUAAGCAGAUUGAUGUGAAAGAAAAAGUUAGGCACAAAAUCCAUUUACAGCACUCUAUCACAACAUGGGAGAUCCAGGCUCUCAGCUUCUCUCCGUCCCAUGGUUUCUGUGUGGCGGAUCCACUUGACCUUACUGUUUUUAAGUCAUUGUUUAUUUCCUUGAGGCUUCCCUAUUCAGUCAAACGCUUUGAACAACUCUCUAUAGUUGCUGUGAUUUUUAAUUACGGCAAGAUGCAAAGGAAGCUCAUUGUGGAAAUGAAACAAGUGGAUGGUCUUUGUUCACCGGGAUCAGCAUCUUCCUCUUCUGCUGUCCGAAUCAGUCUGGAGCCACAGUCAUCUGAAACUGUGACUUUCCCUGCUGUUCCCAUGAAAAUAGGUGAAAUCCCUAUCAUUAUUGAACUUUAUGAAGUUGAAGAAGAUGAAGAAGAAGAAAACAUGAGAGUGGAUGCCAUUCAAAAGAUGCUCUUGGUCAAGAAUGAAGGAAUGGAAAUGAGAGAAGAGAUGACUUAUUUUAUUAAUAUGGAUGGUAGAAGUGGCCAACGCUUGUUUAUCAAUGGAUUUUUCCCAAACAACACAGUUCCUGAAACAGAUGUCAACCUGUUUGUCAAACUAGAAGAAGAAGAAUUUGCCCAUUCCUCUGCUGUUCCGUUACUCUCAUCAUCCAAAGUGGAAAAUCUGAUUCGGGCUCCUAAAGGCUGUGGAGAGCAGACUAUGAUCUUUAUGUCUCCUACUGCCUUAUCAAUCCGCUAUCUAGACAAAAGUCAGCACUGGCUGAAACUGGAACCAGGAUCCAGAGACAAAGCACUGGGUUUCAUUGAGCAAGCUUAUGAACGGAUUUUAAUGUUCAAAAAGCCUGAUGGAUCCUAUGGAGCUUGGCUAAACUAUCCCACAAGUACCUGGUUGACUGCACUGGUGGUGAAAGUGUUGUCUCUUGUGGCUGAACGACAGAUAGAAACUCUUGAACAGCAAGGAACAACAGAGAAGAUCAUUUCGCAGGAGGACAUCCGCGACGCAGUCACAUAUCUGAUUAAAACACAGAGCUCCGAUGGGUCCUUCACCGAUGCAAAUCCAGUCAUUCACAGAGAAAUGCAGGGAGGUAUUGGAGGAGCUGAGCAAGAUGCCUCUUUAACAGCUUUCAUCACGAUAGCUCUUAAACGCUCCCUCCCUUUCUUGGAUAAAGAAGAAGAAGAUGUGAAGAAAAGCAUCUCUCGUGCCACCGACUUCCUCCUUAAGCGGGUGAAUGAUCUUGAAAGACCUUAUGCAUUGGCCAUUACGGCAUACUGUUUGUCUGUCUGCCUCACUGACCGAACUCAAUCACUGUCUGCAUGGGGGAAACUCAGAAGUCUUGCAAAAACAGCGGGAGAGUGUCUUGUUUGGCAAGAUGAUGAAAAUUUGCGACUGCUAAAGGAGGCUAAAACUUACCGUGUACCCACUGGAGUGGCGUUAACAGUAGAGACCACCGCAUACGCUCUCCUGACUGCACUAGCACAUAAUGACUUACCUACAGCACAUUCUGCUGCCUGCUUCUUGUCUUCACAAGAGAACUAUGAUGGAGGUUUCAAAUCAACACAGGACACUAUCAUGGCUUUGGAAGCCCUAUCAGAGUAUGCACUGAGUAUACCUGAAGCCCCCUUCACUGCAAUCAAUGCACAGUUCACUGUUCAAGGGAGAUCAGAGAUGGAAAAGCUGAUUUUGGACAAAAAUGAAAAUAAAGUGGAAAAAGAAUUAAAGAGACUAGUAGGAAAUGAAAUAGAUGUAAACCUUUCCGGAGAAGGAAAAGUUAAAUUGAAAGUGGCAAAGGCUUAUUAUGCUCUUAAGGAAGACUCCAACUGCGCUGACUUGUCAAUAAAAGUGACUGUAGAGGGAAAAGUGGAAUACACACGUGAUGUACAAGAAAAUUACAAUUACUAUGAGGACUAUGAACAAGAUGAAGAGAGGAAGGAGGAGGAAGAUCUCCCCCGGUCAGCAAUCGAGUGGUUUGAUGCUCGCAGCAGACAAAAAAGAGACACUACGCAAAACACACAAGAUGAAAUAGUCUAUGAAGUGUGCGUCAGUCACACACAGGGAAGGAACCUCUCUGGAAUGGCCAUUGCUGACAUCACUUUACUUAGCGGCUUUGAUGCAAUCAGUACAGAUCUAGAAAAGCUAAAAGAUCUUGUGGACAGGUAUAUUUCUCACUAUGAGCUCACACGAGGAAGAGUGCUGUUGUACUUCAAUGAGAUAGAUGAAGAUGAGGCCUGUAUAGCAUUCGGAGCCAAGCAAAGUAUGGCCAUUGGUUUAGUUCAACCAGCUCCUGCUACCUUUUAUGAUUACUACGAACCAGACAGGAGAUGUUCAGUGCUGUACAGCGCCCCCAAGAGGAGCAAGGCGGUUUCUGUCCUGUGCGCAGAUGAUGUGUGUCAAUGUGCAGAAAGAGGUUGUUUCACAGAGAAGAAAACAAUUGACAUGAAAAUCACCAAAAAGGAAAGAUUUGAAUAUGCUUGUUUCCACACCAACAUUGACUAUGCAUUUGAAGUCAUUGUGGAUUCAGUUACUGAAGAGAGCAAUUUUAUGUUGUAUUCAGCAACUGUGACCGUGGUCCUCCGAUAUUUGGGAGACGUGAGCGUGAGCGCAGACAGUACACGGGUGUUUGCCAAGAGAAAGCACUGCAAGGUUGAGCUAAAAGAGGGCAAGACCUAUCUCAUCAUGGGCAAUGAUGGCCCCACCAAAGACUCAACUGGAAACAUGCAGUACCUGUUGGAUUCAAAAACAUGGGUUGAGGAGAAGCUGUCGCCCUCAACAUGCAGAGCAUCAGUCAACAAGAGCUUCUGCAAGGAACUGAAAGAUUUUGUGAAAGAGUACCAAGUUAAUGGAUGCAACAUGUAGGGGAAUUUAAUUACUCAUCAUCUCACUGCAGCAGAAAAGGAAUCUACAUUUAUACUGAAUUGUAAAAUUGCUUUUCUUUUUAUACUACCGAUUAUGGGAACCUUUAGUCUGUCUUAAAAUAUAUAAAAACAUGCUUAUAAAACAUUUUAGAGUCAGUAUCUAUGAAACAAUCACAAUAACAACCAUCAUUUUCAAAGCUAAAUCUUUUUUUUCUUUCAAGAGACACUAUGUGUUUAAGAGACAGCUCAGCAGAUUAACAGUGACCACACACAGAUAAAUCAACACACAUCAAUAUAGGUUUACAAAAACACACACUUUUGAUGCCUCUUUCACAUCCUCUCACUGAGUUUCAUGCCACUCCAGUCUUUGAGACUUGGUUCGUUAUAGUGGGGUGAUUCAGCUUCCCAGCAUAGGUGUAUUUAUUUUUUUGAAGACUCAUUUCACUUGGCAGUUGAGAGUGUGAGAGGGGCUUCUGUGCUCACAGUAAACUCGGUAACAUCUGCAGGCAAGCGGCAGAUGGGGGCGAGUACGUGUACAACAGCGCGCACACUCCGCUGAAGAGGAGGCUGAAAGGGCAGUGCGUCACAGAAUCCAUAUAGAGCGGCUAAAAACUCAACUGAACCGUGGGUAGUAUCGCCCACUCAGCGUGAAAAAUUAGACACUUCACUCAGAAGGCACCAAAAUGAGCAGAUAACACUGUGCCGAGAUAGCAAGGGAUGCAUGGAGAAAUGAGGGUCGUGAUAGAUAGAUAGACUGACUGAGAUAAGAUGAGAAUUGGACCCCUUAAUUUAGGGUCUAGAAUCGAUGAUCAAAGACUUGGACUCUCUAAUUACAUUUGCAUAAUUAUCAGGCAAAUGCAAACACGUUUGUUUCUUUAAUCUAAAGAACUUGAGCAAAUGCUAAAAGUAUUUGAUACAAUAAAAUUGUGUUACUCCCUUGGAUUAUUCAAUCUGUUUAAAUUGAUAAAGGCAUCUGCUAAAUGAUUCAAUAUAAAUAUAGCACCACCCCAAAAUAAGUCCUAAUAAUAUGUGUGUAUGAUAUACAUUUGCCAAGAUGCAGCUGACACCGUAGAUCACAUGAAAAUGGCAACAUGACAGAUUUAGUAGUCAAAGUACACACGUUCAUAGUAUAGAACAUACUUUUUUACAUAAGCACCAAUAGUUUCCAUUUUCUGAAUUAAUGACUCUUAAGAGCCGGUUAUUUUAAUAAACUGGCCAAAACACUAAAGAAUCCAUCAGUAUAACAAAUCUCUUGUUGAAUUUUGCAACUGAACUAACAUCUGACUUGCCUAUUGAUUUUAGUAUGACGAGUGCAUUUAAAGAUACUUAGUAAAUUGUAUUUUAAUUAAUAAACAUUCAAAAAUGAUGCAAUCCUAUGUACAUGUGGUGUUAAUGAUGUUCUGACUGAUUUUAUCUCAAAUUCAAAUGGGAUUCACACUAAUGGACUUUUAUGCACUUACAUUUUGUCUUGCAAUCAUAACAUCACAAUCAAUGUCACAAAAAUAAUCAUUUCAAUAGAAGUCUAAUAAAAUCUCCAGUGGAAGUCAAGAAGA